GAAUCGCCGUUGGCUCCGCGACGCCACGGCACGGCAUGCCGCGCACGUAAAUCCCUCGAAAUUCCAAAUCGUUCGCGCCGAGUGAUCCCGAUGCGACGCGACUGAGGAGCCCGGAACAUUUUCGUUGCUUCGCGAGGUGUCCCGGAUCAGAGGACAGAGAGUGGCCCUGACGUCGCGUUGGCGUCCCGAUCCGGAAGAUGCGUCGCGCCGAACGCGUCGUCGUCGAUGCCGUUCGUGAGUAGCUGAUCGCACGUCCGAACUCGUUCCAGUUUUCGCUCUAACCUGCGUCGUUUUUGGCGGGUUUUCGCGUCAACGCUCGUGGAAAAUUCGACCCCGAUUCCCCCCGUCAACCUCGCAGCGAUCUCGCAGCGUCCUCACGUCGUUCGGAAUCGGCGAGACCAGAGUCAUGUCCGACAAGCUGGCCGAAUCCGUGGAGGACGACAGCUCCGUCACGAUGCUCGACGUUCUCCAGGUGGAAAGUCAGCUCGAGGAGGACGCGUACGCCGUUCUAGGCGCGUCCGACGAUCAGAAUUGUACUUACAGUAAGGGAUAUAUAAGGCAGGCACUGUACGCCUGCAAGACAUGCUGCUCGGAUAAAAUCCGUGCAGCCGUCUGCUUGGCAUGCAGCUUUCAUUGUCAUGAGGGUCAUGAACUUGUAGAAUUGUACACAAAGCGACACUUCAGGUGUGACUGUGGUAAUGCCAAGUUUAAUGGCAAGCAAUGUAACUUGGAAAAGAUGAAAUCUGCUACCAAUACCGAGAAUAAAUACAAUCAGAAUUUUGAUGGUGUUUAUUGUACCUGUGCUAGACCAUACCCUGAUCCGGAAGGAGAUGAGGAUGACAUGCUACAAUGUAUAAUAUGUGAGGAUUGGUAUCACUUAAAGCAUUUAGAAUGUGACAACAGUACACUUGUAGAUAACUCGUAUGAUGAAAUGAUCUGUGCGGGCUGUAUGAGGGAACACAACUUUUUAUGGAAAUAUGCAACGAAACAUGCAGUUUUAAAAAAAAUGGAUGGAAAAACAGAUGUAUCUGAGAAAAAUGAAGAGAUAAACGUGAGUGAGUUACCUAAAGGCUGUCAAAUGCCAAAACUUAGUUAUGCAGAUACUAAAGGAAGCUGCUUUUGGGUAGAGGGUUGGAGAUCUGCAUUAUGUACUUGUGAGGAAUGCAAAUCGUUAUACAAUGCAAAAGAUAUUGCGUUUCUGCUCGAUCCAAAAGACAGUGUACAAGCAUAUGAGGAAGCAGGUAAAAUGAAUAAGCAGGAAUCUCAAUAUGAAAAAGGCAUGAAGGCUCUUGCCAGCAUGGGGCAUGUACAAAAGUUGACAGCGAUUGAAGAAUACAAUAAUAUGAAAGAACGACUUAUGCAAUAUCUUCAAAAGUUUGCUGAAAACAAGAAAGUUGUACGGGAAGAAGAUAUAAAAGAGUUCUUUUCAGAAAUGGAAUCUAAGAAACGUCCUAGAGUGACAGUGCCAACAUAUUGCCGUUGAAAACUUAUAUUUCAUCCCAAUAACUAACAAUCAUCCAAAUAAAACUAAACAUUUUAUUUUGUUUUUAUGGCAAAUUAUCGCGAUAGUGAAUUCCUUAUGAUUUUAUGUUUAAUAUUUGAUCGUAUCAUUGCAUUGAAAAGAGCCUUUCAAUAUAUAAAAAUUUCUAUACAUAAAUGCAUGGAUCGUAAGGAGAGAAGAUAGUUUGCGAAUAUAAAUAUACGUCAACAAAGAGUAUUUAAAAAAAAUUCGCAGUUUCUUUAUAUAUGUACUUUUAAUCUCUAAUUAUUCGAUCUAAUUAUGAAUAAAUUUUUUAUUAAAAAAUAUAACAACGU